UUUGCCCCCCACCAUGAGUGGAGCGAGUUGUUGUUGGGGACUUGGAAUGCCUCAGAAUGGGCUGAUGCUGAUUGUUUUGAGCGUGCUCAUCAACUUCUGGUCAGGAGAUGCCCAUCCGCAGUGCCUGGACUACAAGCCCCCGUUUCAGCCGCCCGAGCCGCUGGUUUUCUGCAAGGAGUACGCCAAGUUUGGAUGCUGCACCCUGGAGAAGGACAAUGCGAUAUCGGAGAGGUUCUACCACAUCAUGGACUAUUUUGACUACACUGGAUUUGUUGCAUGUGGGAAGUACAUUCGGAGCAUCCUCUGUCAGGAAUGCUCUCCGUACGCCGCCCACCUGUAUGACGCAGAGGAUGCCAACACGCCCAUGCGGCAGCUGCCAGGCCUGUGUGGCGACUACUGCUCCGACUACUGGCGCCAGUGUCGCUACACCCUGAGCCUGCUCAUCGACAACUACAACGUCACCGCGGGCAUCGAGGACGACCGCGACAAGUUCUGCGACUUCCUGGUGCUGAAGGACCCCCAGUACUGCUACCCGAGCGUGCUCUCCAACACCGAGCUCAACAGCAACCUGGGGGACCUGCAGGAGGACCCCGAGGGCUGUCUGCAGCUGUGCCUGCAGGAAGUGGCCAACGGGCUGCGCAACCCCGUCGCCAUGAUCCACGCCGACGACGGCACGCACCGCUUCUGGGUGGCCGAGCAGCUGGGCUACGUGUGGACGUACCUGCCCAACGGCUCGCGCGUGGACCGGCCGUUCCUCAACCUCACCAAGGCCGUGCUGACGUCCCCGUGGGCGGGCGACGAGAGGGGCUUCCUCUGCAUGGCUCUCCACCCGCGCUUCACCGCCGUGCGCAAGGCCUACGUCUACUACUCGGUCAAGGUGGGGAAGGAGGAGAGGAUCCGCAUCAGCGAGUUCACCCUGUCCGUCGCAGACAUGAACAUGCUGGACCACAACUCAGAGAGAGUUCUUCUGGAGGUAAGAGAGCCAGCGUCCAAUCACAACGGCGGCCAGCUUCUCUUCGGACAUGACGGCUAUCUCUACAUCUUCACCGGAGAUGGCGGCAGAGCCGGCGACCCCUUUGGCAAGUUCGGCAACUCUCAGAACAAGUCCGCGCUGCUGGGGAAAGUGCUCCGGGUGGACGUGGACAACAACGACGACGGAGCCCCCUACAGCAUCCCCUCGGACAACCCCUUCCUGGGGGAGAAGGGCGCGCGGCCCGAGGUCUACGCCUACGGCGUGCGCAACAUGUGGCGCUGCUCCAUCGACCGCGGCGACCCCGUCACCGGGCACGGCCGAGGCCGGCUGUUCUGCGGGGACGUGGGCCAGAACAAGUUCGAGGAGGUGGACAUCGUCACCAAAGGAGGCAACUACGGCUGGAGGGCCAAGGAGGGCUUCUCCUGUUACGACAAGAGGCUCUGUCUCAACUCCUCACUCGAUGACAUCCUCCCUAUUUUCGCCUACCCACACAAACUGGGCAAAUCUGUGACUGGGGGCUAUGUCUACCGAGGCUGCCAGAUGCCCAAUCUAAACGGCCGAUACAUCUUUGGCGAUUUCAUGAGUGGGCGUCUGAUGUCCCUGCGGGAGAAUGUGAGUACGGGCAAAUGGGACUACACGGAGGUCUGCAUGGGCGGCGACAAGACCUGCAGCUUCCCCAAGCUCAUCAACAGCUACUACAAGUAUAUCAUCUCCUUCGGAGAGGAUGAGGCCGGGGAGCUGUACUUCUUGGCUACUGGGGUCCCUAGUGCCAGUUCCCGUGCCGGAGUUGUCUAUAAGAUAGUGGACCCAUCCAGGAGAGCACCUCCAGGCAAGUGCCACUACAAGCCCACCCCCAUCCAGAUAAAGGGCAAGCUGAUUCCCUUCCACCCCAAGGAGGGUAAACCCGCACCGAGAACACGGGCCACUGCGAGGCCCAGGCCCAGAACUGUCCCCACCGCCCGGCCCCAGGGGCCGCUCACCACCUCCCGACCACAACCGACCUCCAGGCCGCCCCAGCCCACAACCCGUCCGAGCAAACCGCGUCGCCGCGGCAACAAGCAGCGCAAGAACGGCCGGCGCCGGUCUCGGUCCGGUCGGGUGAGGCUGGUCAACGAGUCGGGAGACCAGGCCGCGGACCGCGGGCGCGUGGAGAUCUUCGUGCGCGGGGAAUGGGGCACGGUGUGCGACGACAUGUUCGAUAGCAACGCGGGCGCCGUGGUGUGCCGCCAGCUGGGGUUCCCGUACGCCCUGCGCGUGGUCAAGCGGGGAGGGCUCGGCGCGGCCGCCGCCGACGUGCGCAUCCUGCUGGACGACGUGGAGUGCGACGGCACCGAGAAGACGCUGCUGGACUGCCGGCACGCCCGCGUGGGCAAGAACAACUGCUCGCACCAGGAGGACGUGGGCGUGGUGUGCGGGCACAGCGAACAGUAG